UAGUGUAUGGUCUAUACUGAACUGACUUUAAGCGCUUGACGAUGUCGUUUCUUUUUCUUUUCUUAGUCUCGUGCUUCAUUCAACAGAGGAUAUACCCUCACAGGGCACUUUAUUAGGAACACUACACUAAUACUGGGUAGGGCCUCCCUUUGCUCUCAAAACAGCCUCAAAUCUUCAUGGUAUGGAUUCCACAAGAUGGUGGAAAUGUUCCUUUGAGAUUCUGCUCCAUGCUGACAUGACAUCACACAGUUCCUGCAGAUGUUUCAGGUUCACGUUCAUGCUGCGAAUCUCCCUUUCUACCACGUCCCAAAGGUGUUUUACUGGAUUAAGAUUCGGUGACUGGGAAGCCCACUGAAGAACACUGAACUCAUCGUCAUGUUCAUGAAACCAGUUUGAGACGACUUCAGCUUUGUGAUGUGGUGCAUUAUCAUGCUCGGAGAUUAGACUCGGUGUGAAGAUGAGUUUAGCGAACAGCAGAGAACAGAGAAGCACCGCCGGGAACCGCAUGACCAAAAUCCUGGAAGCGGAGGAAGAGGACGAGUUUUACAAAACCACAUACGGAGGAUUUAAUGACGAGUCUGGUGAUGAUGAGUAUCAUGGUGAUCACUCGGACACUGAGGACGAGGUGGACAGUGACUUCGAUCUGGACGAAGGAGACGAACCAGACAGUGAACAGGAAGAGGAGACACCACGCAGACGGAGCCGCAUCCUCACUAAAGCUUACAGAGAGCCCAUAAAGGUAAUGAAGCCCAGGGUCAAACAUCUAUCUGAGGAGCCGAAGGCUGAGAAACCAAAAGCAGAAAAACGUUCAGCCCAGGAGCUGCAGGAGAUUGGAGAAAUGCGCAAGUCGGUGAGGAAGUCGACUAGUGAACACACGCGGAAGACGUUUGAGCGUCUGCAAGAACGUCAGCAGGAGGCGCCGAGACGCCGCAGAGUUCACAGAGACAAACCUCUGAGUCAGGAAGACUUACUGAGAGAAGCUCAACACACUGCACAGAGCAAUCUGGAGUCACUGGAGAAUUACGAGCGUCUCGAGGCUGAUAAGAAGAAGCAGGUACAAAAAAAGAGGAAGUUUGAGGGACCGACAAUCCGUUAUCACUCCGUUCUGAUGAUGUCUGAGCCGCCACUCAAAGACGAGAACGUGGAUGUAGAGGGGUUGGAUCAGGACACGCCCCUCUCAGCUUCCUUUUCCUGUACUGCAGCCUCAGGGGCUGGAGCUCUCUGCUCGCGUACGUUCAUUACCUUCAGUGAUGAUGAAUCGUUUGGGUCUGCUUUCCCGCAGUUGGGCCGUGUCAGCCCCGACCUACCCAUUCAGGAAGUGUGUCCCGUUACCCAUAAUCCCGCUCUGUAUCGUGACCCAGUUACUGAUAUCCCAUAUGCUGAUGCACGCGCCUUCCGGAUCAUUCGCGAAGCUUACCGUAAAUACGUUGCUGCACACGGCUUCCCUGAUGACACAACACACACAUCUUCACACACUCACGCCGAGCCAGCAGGGGGCGCCAAAAGCCUACGUCUAAAGGGAAUGACUGUGUAAACACACAUUGCACUGUUAUUGUUAUUCACACAGAUUAAAGAUGAUCAUUUAUUCUU